AUGCCUUUGGAAGUCAUCAUAGUUGGGGCUGGUAUUGCCGGCCUCUGCGCAGCAGUAUCUCUAUGUGAAGCAGGACAUUCCGUUAGAAUCUUUGAAAAGUCCAAAUUUGCAGCAGAGAUUGGUGCUGCAGUAGUUCUGAGCCCCAAUGCUGUCAGAGUCCUUUCUACAUUCGGAUUCUCGUGCGAGAGGGCUCAAGCCCGUCAGUUACAGAUGUGGGAAACUGUUGAUGGGACGAAUCUGGGGCUUAUUGGAAAGAUAGAUCACAGAGAGGCUGAACAGAAAUACGGCGCGCCGCUUUACGCAAUACACCGAGUUGACUUGCACAAUGAGCUGUUGCGGUUAAUAAGCCAAGAAUCCAAGAAACCAGCUACUAUUCAUCUACACUCUAAAGUAGUGGAUACUGACCCUGAGAAGGGUAUGAUUGAGCUUGAGGAUGGUACUAAGCAUUAUGCAGAUUUGAUCGUGGCUGCGGAUGGGUUACGUUCAGUUUUGAGGAAAGCUGUCUUUAGGGGCAAAGAUGUUAAUGAAAAACCAACAGGUCUUAGCGCUUUCAGAUUUCUGAUUCCUACUUCGACACUAGAAAGUCAACCCAGCCUGGCUGACUUGCGGCAAUGGAAGGAGCCUGGAGUGACAAUCAUAGCUGAUACAAAGGACACUGUAAACGAAAGGCAUAUGGUUUGGUAUGACUGCCGCAAUGGAGAAGUGCAAAAUUUAGUGGGAAUUCACCCAACACGAACCAUUCCUGGUAAUGGUGACAAUCUGGAAGAUACCAAAGCAUCCAUGCUUGAAGAGUUUGCUCAUUUUCACCCUGAUCUCCUCGAGUUGAUCAGAAUUGCUACAGACAUUACAUAUUGGCCACUAUCAAUUCAUGACCCUCUUCCUCGGUGGUCUUAUGGUAGAGUUGUUCUUAUUGGUGACGCCGCUCAUCCAAUGCUACCCUUUGGUGGUCAAGGGUCGAAUCAAGCAAUAGAAGAUGGUGGUGCGCUGGGAUACUUACUACGCGACGUGGACAAUCAUGCAGAAAUUGCCAGUAGACUUGCUUUAUUUGAGCAAGUACGACGCAAAAGAGCUUCAAGGGUACAGAUACUAUCAAAUGCUAGAGUUGGACAGGAAAAGACCGUCGAAGAAGAGCUUAAAAAAUAUGCUGAUCCACCAGGCUCAGCGGUUCCUACAUCCCAUGCAGAGCGCACAAUGCAUGAUUUUGGGUUUGUUUCUUCUUUCUUUGAUCUCCGAGAUAAUGUAAACAGUACCUAA